UUCUAGUACAUUUAGUUCGCUGGUGACAACCGCGGUGCGCAAGCGCAAGCACACCACUCCACGACCAUUCGCCGAGGCGGACGCAAUGGCGGCCGGCUAUUUACUUUUGCUGUGUGUAGCCUGUGCGUUGGCUGAGCCGACUCCGGGGAGAAUUCCUAAGGUGUACAAUGCUCUCAUCACGUCGAACCAAAACUUAGAGCCAAGCAAAGCGUAUCCAGUGUAUCAGCCAGUAUUGCGUAGUGCGGCCUUCCCUUUCCCUUUACAAUCGGUCUUCUACGGUGACUUACCAUUGACAAAUGGUUUUCUACCUCCAGCUGCUUUACCACCUUCGGCUUACCCAAAGGCAUUAACACCCGACGCUGAACCGGUUCCUACUGCAGCACCUUCAUCAGAGAAGCCUGAGGAUGAUCCCUCAACAGAAAAUCCAACUGAAUCGAGCAGCCCCGCGCCAAAUUCGCCAGAUUCUACAAAUCAAGCCACGGAACCUCCUUCUACCCCACCAAAAACUGAAUCUCCGAUACCACUUAACCAAUUCGGACUACCACCACAAGUUAUCCCACUAGGAAACUUUGGAUCUGGCUAUGAAUUUACCCACAUCAAUACUUUCCCUUACGCGUAUCCAGGACUACGAUUCUACGAUGCUUACGAUCCAUUCUUAUUCAACCCAUACUCUAACUUUCCGUUAUAUCGGCCAUAUACAAAUUUCCUAGCUCCAUUACCAGCUGGCCCUGUCGCCAAAGAGAGUCCUCAACCAGCCCCUUCACCAGAAAGCCCUGAAGCAUCUUCUACUCCACCACCAGAACCUAGUGACCUUAACAUUCUUAACUAUUCUUCUAAGGAUCCUGCUAUACCUAAUGUGCCCCCACCGCCAUUACCCCAGGGAGGAUUGAAAACCGAUGACGUAUAGGUUUCUAUGAAUAGAAUAUAUUUUAUACCUUUGAUACUUAAUUAUGAUUACAAUAUGUGAUAUAAAAAAAAUCUCACUAUAACAUAUAAUAAUACUCGUUUUUAUAAGUCCUUGUGAAGAAUUUCUAUUCUAAAACAAAGUUCCUUGUUGUGAUUAUAAUUUUUUGCUUUGUUUUAAUAUGUAAUUCAGGAAAACAUUAGAUGCAAAGUAAAUGUAUAAGUUUAUUAUAGUGAAUAGUAUUUGAUGAUAAAAAUA